GUCGUGGUGGCGGGGCUUUCAACUAAAGGACAACCAAACAGCAAGAAAAAAUGAAUUCAAAAAAUUCUGAGAAGGUACCCCAUGUGAGCAGGCCGGAAACGGGAAAUCUCACCAUCGGUCCCAGAACCGAUGCUCAAGUGCGCGCGGAUUGUGGGGGCGCACAAUUUCUUGCAGUGCCACGAGUGAUCGUGGAAAGGGUAGAUCCACAGAACAUCGUGGAAAAUAAAAAAACGAGGAAAGGAAGCACGUCGAGCCUUCUGAGUGUGUCAAGCUGCAGUAGCGGAAAAACCGUUCAUAGCGCUAUCCACUCAGAAGUAGACGACGAGGCGAUAGAAGAGACUCGCGAGAUAUGCUUUCGGCUCAGAAAGGAGGAGGCGACUUGUCUCGAAAAAAUGGAGUUGGAGGUCGCAAAGAUGAUAAAAUCUUGCGACAUUCAGAAGACCGUCAAUAGGACGGUAAAGGAUGGACUCAAGGUCAUCGACGUCCUGCUAAAGGAGGCAAGGGCAAAGCAUGCCGCGGCCGAUGAGUCGGACGUCGAUUUGGCAUGCGUUCUGAGCGGUGCGGAAUACAACCGCAAGGACCGUAAGAAAGAGAGAGAGCGUUUCUAUAGGCGUAAUCUCAAAAGCGUCUUAAGAGAUGCUCAGAAACGGAAGAGAGAGGGUGACAGUCCAGAAGAGACUCGAACCAAAACCGAUAAGAGGAAGAAGGAGAAAGCUCCUCCAAUGGAAACGGAAGUACCAGAUCCAAAGAUUCCUCAAUUGGAAAGAAUUGGGUCAAAAAGAUCCACAGUUCUAAUCCGAGUCGGUGAAGGAUUGACGUAUGCUGACGUUCUGGGUAAGCUUCGCAAAGAGGUCAACCCAGAGGACAGCCAUACGAGAAUAGUAGCAGCAAAAGCUACAAACAAGGGGGACCUUCUGAUUAAGUUCAGAGGAGACUCCGAUAAGGACGCUUUCACCGCUGAGGUCACCAAGGCGGUUGGAAGCAUGGGUAAGGUGCAGUCAUUAGAUCGAAGAGUUACACUCGAGAUCCGUGAUUUGGAUUGCCUUACCCAAGAAGAUGAGGUGCAACAAGUGUUGUUUGAAGCAAUGGGUAAGCCAGUAAACAGGAGAGUGACAGUCUCAGGACCCAACCGCCGAGGGAUGAAGCUCGCGGUUGUAGUCACCAACCCGGAAGAGGCGAACAGGUUGGAGAAAUUGGGACACGUAAUAAUUGGUUUUAUGUGUUGCCCAAUUAAAAAAAGAGUAAUGGUCGUCCGGUGUCAUCGAUGCUUGGGAUUCGGUCAUAUUGGAGCGAAAUGCCAGAAGGUGGACAGAUCGGCUGCGUGCUUUAAGUGCGGUGAAGCCGGUCACAGAUUCUCCAACUGUAAGAAGAGCCCAAGUUGCUUUUUAUGCAAAGAAAAGUUUGGCAAUAAGGUGUCAACUACCCAUAUUGCAGGCAGCGGAGGAUGCGGAGUCUUCAGGACGGCCCUUGAGGAGGCGAAGAAGACUCUCGCAAGAACUAGAAGCAAAUAAAAAGUAUUAAAAGGAGCAAGUCGAGAACUUCGUAACCUCGGUUAUGUCGAGGAAGAAUCUCGACGGCAGCCAACAGGCGUGAUUUAAGCAGCUUUUGUGAUGGAAGACCACAUGCAAAAUAGAAAUGAUCGAGUUGCGGAAUUCAAUCGUAUUAUAAUCGAUGAUUCGGAUGAAGAAACUGAAGCGGCUGUAGAUCAGUUACAAAAUAGAAAUGAUGGAGUUGCUCGAGUUAAUCCUAUUGAAAGUGAUGAAACAGAUGAAGACGAUGAAGCAGAUGCAAAUAAUUGUUGCAUUUGUAAAGAAAGGGAGAGAACGCAUGCUUUCAUUCCGUGUGGGCACAAACAGAUUUGUGACAUUUGCAAAAUAACAUAUAACAGAAUGGGAAUAUCAACAUGUCCUAUGUGUAGGAAACGAAUUAUGUGCAUCGUUAAAAUUAUCGGUUGAAAGCAACUUUUUCAAAAGGGUAAGAAGAAGGCAGAAAUAUUACAAUUUAUAAAUGGUGUUUAGAUUAAUCUGGAGACUUGAUAUUAGUUGGAAAAUGUUGU